AUUUAAAAUGUCCGAUAUUCGCACCUUGCUCAUGAAUGCUAGACAAAAUGUUCCGCCAUUAAAUAAAACCAUCGCCAAAGAAAAGCCUAAAGAAAUUAUUCUGAUUGGUUCGAAAAAGAAUUCAAUUAUUAAACAGUUUGUUUCAAGUCGUAAAAAAGAUGAAUCAUUGGAAAAGGAAGAAAAAUGUCGAUCGACCGAAUGUUGGCAAAAAAUUCGUGAAAAGAUGCUCAUUGAAAUGGAACAAAAAAGAAAUUUAGAAUGGGAGCAAGAGAAUUUAAACAAACGAUUGGAAGAUGAAAAACUCAACGAAGAUGUUGAAGAAGAACUGACAUUAACUGACGAUGAUGAUAAUCAAGAUGAUACUGAUAAUGAAAGUGUUGAAAGUGAUAAAGAAAAAAACGAAGAAGAAAAAGCUUAUGAUGAUGUUGAUUCUGUCGAAUACAAUGAUGGUAUACAUUCAAUUGACGACGAUGAACUCGACCAUGAAUCUCAAGAGCAAAAAAUAAGCGAAAAUAUCCCAUUAGAUAAUCAGAAGACGGAUAAAGACGAUAUAGAUAAUGACGAAUGUCUAUUCCGUUUGAGGAAAUAUAAACGUUUACCCAUUAUUGAUGACGAAGAUGAAGAGAAUCAUGAAGAAAAGAAAAAGAACGAAAAUGGAGAAAAUUUCGACACUUUUUCGGAAAUUGAUCCACACAUUUAUUCUGGUCAUUUUGAUUAUCAAGAAGAUGACAUUGGAAAAUAUGUUUCGCAGAAUCUUCCGCUUACACCAUUUGAAACUGUUGACUUGCAAAAUCAUAAUCAUAAUAAUAAUCACUUUGAUUCACAGAUGUUGAUGGAAUUAUGUUCUGGUCGAUUCAAUGAUGGUAAUGAUGAUGAUGAGAACGAACAUUUAGAAUCAACUAAAAAAAAGCCGAAAGCUUUGAAGAUCAAAGAUUUUCUCGAAGAUGAAGCUGAAUUAUCUGGAGAUGAAGAUGAGAUUAGUAGCGACGAAAGUGAUGAUGAAAAUGAUCAAGAAUUUGUUGAAAAUCUCAUCGAAGAUGAUGGCCUGCCCCAUGAUGAUGAACUGAAAGAACAAGUGGAAAAAAUUCACAACAAAAACAUGCUCGACGAGGAUAAAAGACAAAUGAUGAUUUUGAAAGAAUACUUUUUCGAAGAUGGAGAUCUCUAUGAUGACGGCCAUAAUCGCCGAAAAAAAUUCAAAUGGACUUUAAAUCGAGACGAAAACGAUCCUUUGGAUUUCAUCAAUACUGUUGACGAUUCAAACAGUGAGAACGGUGAUUCCAUCAACGAGGAAGAUGAUCAUGAUAGCCAAAACUUUCAAGAAGUAGUACGAUUAAAGAGAACAAUUGAACAGGUUUCCGAAGAUGAUCCAUCCGAACGAACAGAUAAUAAUGUGAAAAAAAUGCGAAUGAUCAAAUUGAAUUCGAUGAAAUUUCUCACUUCGAAUCGAAAGAAAAAUCAAUCAUCAUUAACAUCAUUUAUCAUUCGUGAUCAGCGGCUAAAAGAGGUGAUGAAAAAUUCUGACGAGUCUUUAAAAACAAAGCGAACUAAAACAAAUGAUUCUAUUAGUAUAUUCGAUAUUAUUAAUCAAUCAUAAAAGUUUUUUUUUAAUCAAGCAUCGAUAA